AGAAGUUAUCCAGAUGGUUGUUGUGGAACAGAGCUUGAGCUUUAUUGUUAAAGAGCUGAGUGCUUGGUAUAGGGAGCAUUUUAGGGCAUUUGAGUUAUGUCCCACGUCACAAGUCUCUCUCAUUCAACUUGGCGCCUUGGUAGACCAGUACCCCUUGGCAGAUUACAGGAUUGGAGGACGGCGAAUGGUGACACUUAAACGAUUCAUACACAUAAAAGAUUGAAGAAUGGCACGACAUCUGAAGUUGAGGGUCAUUGUGGACACGGAUGACUGUAGAAGACUUGAUCUCCAUUCAGGAAUGCCAAAAACUCUGACAGAGUUACACGAUACAAUUUGCCAAGCAUUUGGAAUUGAAAGAGACUUUCGUAUUCAGUUCAUGGAUCCUGACUUCAAUAAUGAUUUCAUGAAUGUUACAUCAGUACAAGACAUACAGGACCGAAGUACGAUCAAGGUGGUGUACAUACUUGAUGAUGUGGGUUCGAGUCCAUCUUCUUCAGUGCAGAAUGCUCCCAGCACUCCUGGAUCAUCUGGAGCACCAGUAAGCAGGCAAACAUCUUCCAGUGUGUCGUCAUUAUCCUCAACAAACUCGGAUAGCACCAUUAUUCUGCCACGUACAGACACUGAACUGAGAACACGUGCAUGGCCACGCAAAUUCCCCAUUCCUCUCUUUCCAUACAAUGUAGAGGUGCAGCUUCGACGUGGAAAUGAGAGCUUCAGAGAAACUGGCACUCGACUGCAGAUCACACCAGGGCUGAAAUCGGACAUCUUGGAGAAGCUAGCCGAGGACAUUUUCCAGUAUACGGCAUAUCCACAAAAUCUCCAAAUAGAGGAGGUAGCAGGGGCACUCGUCCAAAAAUGUCCCUGUUUGAAAGAACCAUCUGCCACUGGUUACUAUGGCUGGAUGAUUAGCCUAAAAUAUAAAAUGGCUAAUUACAGGACAAAGAUGCGAAACCUUGGCUGUCCAGAAGUGACUGUAAAUGCUUUGAAAAACAAAUCAAGUGAUGAAUGCAUCCCAGCCAAAAAUGUAAAGAAACCUAAAAAGGCUGAAGUCAACUAUUGUCCUUCACACCCUGCUGGCGAAACAGAUGAAAGCCUAGAAAAUCUGAGACUUGAACUAUUGAAUGAUGUCAGACAAAGAAGCAAUGCACCGUGUGUAAAACAGAAGAUGUCCAAAACAUUCUCCUACAGAAGAAAAGAGGUGGUGCAGGGAAAUCUAUCUGCUGGAGAGUUCAAAGCCAGGUGGCCUGCACUUUUCCAUAUUGAUGAGAUACAUGCUGAAUUCCAGCGCAUAACAACUAUCCCACUUGAAACGGCCUUCAUGGCGCAGUUGGACAGCCAUCUACCUCAGCUGACAUCUGUCUUCCAGAAGAAGGGAGGAGUUGUUGGCCAGAAACUAGCCAAACAUCUGGCGAUUUUGCAAAAGGUAAAUGCAACAAGUGAUGUUAACCUUAAAAGGGAAGCAAUCCUCAAGGCACUUUGCAUCCACCUUGGUGAGGAUGAUGGACAUCUCAUUCGGGAGUAUAUGGACAUCGGAGGAGAUGACAUCACCAGAGACCUGCAGAAAUCUACCAUGGGCGUAUACGUCAUCAACAAGGAUGGUGGAGAACCUGGACAUUAUGACGACGUUGGGAUUUUUGUUGAAGGACUAAUCAUUCUGGACAACAUUGGAUCUGUAGCCCGAGCUUGUGCCAUCAUGCUGGGAGUCAUCUAUACACUGAACAUGGCUUACCCCAAAGAGCUAAGGUACUACUAUGAAUUCAUUCAGAAAGUGCUCUUGCAAAUGGAUGGUGAAAGGCUUUCCCCCAAAGUCCUUGGACUGAAGAACAAGAUACAUGCUGGACUGUAGGAUUUCUUCAGCCGCUCUUGUGAACCGAUGCCACUAAAGCAUUACAAAAACACCAGUCAAACCUCAAAGGUUGGGAGAAGAAUGUGGAAAUGUUGAUGGACUUAGAAGACAUGUAUUACAUGUAUUAAUGUGUAGGUUAUAUUCUCCUCAGCUGUGUAAGUCACAUGCUUCAUGUUACGUCAGGAUUUAUUCUCUGUCUGUUUCCACUGCACUUUGUUGCAUUUCGUUUUUAUCGAAACGGCAACUUUUUCUACCUUAGCCAAGCGUAAAACAUUUUAUUUUUUAUAUUGGCAAUUUACAUCUAGUUCUGGAGAAGAAUGUAAAAAUAUUACAUGUAUUAAUGUGUAGGUUAUAUUCUCCUCAGCUGUGUAAGUCACAUGCUUCAUGUUACGUCAGGAUUUAUUCUCUGUCUGUUUCCACUGCACUUUGUUGCUGUCAUGGCCUCCACCUCUGCCUAGUCUGUCUCUCCCCAUGCGUGUGUGUGUCCACAAUCCAAUCACCUCUGCUAUAAGACUCCGGCCCUGACUCCUCCACUUCGCCAUAUCGUAGACUCUGUAACCACAGUCAGUCACGUCUCCUGUGCCUGCAGCUUCAAGCCAGCCUGACUCCUAUCCUGUCUCCAGACCACCUCCAACGUUGGACCCUGUCCCGCUCCUCCAGGCUCUUCUCCCUGCACUCUCCAACCUGGUCAGACCUCCGUUCCCUUGGACUCCGUCUAGCUUCCCUGGCUCAGACCCCCCUGCCCAGUAAUAUUCAAUAAACGUUAUUAUUGUGUUUGAAACUCCUGCCUCCUGUCUCUGCUCAGCUCCUGGGUUCCCUGCUAGCCUUAACAGUGGCCAGAUUGUACUGUUAAGGCUAACAGGGAACCCAGGAGCAGAGAGUUUCAAGCAAAAUAAUAACGUUUAUUGAAUAUUACUGGGCAGUAGGCAGGGGGGUCUGGGCCAGGGAAGCUAGACUGAGUCCAAGGGAGAGGGGAACGGAGGUCUGACCAAGUUGGAGAGU